AGUUGAAAUUUGCGCGCUGCCCAGGGCGGAUGUGUUUAGCGGCGAGAAAUACAAAAUAAACAGAAACGAAGUCUAACCCGAAAUAUUAUAUUAACCUAAGCAGUAAACGCUUCAAUCCGUUCAAAAGAAGAUUUUUCGAAAAGUGAACCAGUUCAGUUUUGAGUUUUGUUUUUGAACGCGGAAACAAGCGGCAAAAUGGAAGUGCCAGCGGGCAAUUAGUGCAGCCAGACAUAAAGACACACAGUCAGCAGAGUCACUCGAAAUUAAAGUAGAAACAAAAGGACUGCGAUUAUAAAUUAUAAAUAAUAAAUAAUAAACAACGACAACACAUCCACAGCGGAAUAAGCAGCGACGACAGCUACAACAAACAACAACAACAAUAGCCACAAGAGGAGAAAAAAGAAAAAUUGAUAUAAAGUUCAAAGUGCUACCAGCAAGUGGAACUACAUGACAAUUAGACCAACAACGGGAAUAGAAACAAGCAACAGCAAAAACAGCAACAAAAUGACAAACUGCCAAAGUUCAGUGUUCGUAGUCGUAGGCACCCUGCUUUCAAUUCUGGCAGCGGCACAAACGGCACCAGUAUCAACCACCACACAGGCAGAGAUCUAUCUGUCCCAGUUUGGCUAUCUACCCGCCUCGGCGCGCAAUCCGGCGAGCAGUGGCCUGCACGACCAGCAGACAUGGGUGAGUGCCAUCGAGGAGUUCCAGAGCUUCGCGGGCCUGAACAUCACCGGCGAGCUGGACUCGGAGACCAUGAAGCUGAUGUCCCUGCCACGCUGCGGAGUCAGGGAUCGCGUCGGCACUGGCGACAGUCGCUCCAAGCGGUAUGCCCUGCAGGGCAGUCGCUGGCGGGUGAAGAACCUCACCUACAAGAUCUCCAAGUACCCCAAGCGACUGAAGCGCGUGGACGUGGACGCGGAGAUCGGUCGCGCAUUCGCCGUGUGGUCCGAGGACACCGAUCUGACUUUCACCAGGAAGACCUCCGGCCCCGUGCACAUCGAGAUCAAGUUCGUGGAGAGCGAGCAUGGUGAUGGCGAUGCCUUCGAUGGUCAGGGUGGCACCCUGGCUCACGCUUUCUUCCCCGUAUUUGGCGGAGAUGCCCACUUCGACGAUGCCGAAUUGUGGACCAUUGGCUCGCCGCGUGGCACCAAUCUCUUCCAGGUGGCUGCCCAUGAGUUCGGUCACUCCCUGGGUCUGUCCCACUCCGACCAGAGCUCUGCCCUGAUGGCUCCCUUCUAUCGCGGCUUUGAGCCCGUCUUCAAGCUGGACGAGGACGACAAGGCGGCCAUUCAGUCGCUGUACGGCAGGAAGACCAACCAGCUGAGACCCACCAAUGUCUAUCCGGCCACCACGCAGCGCCCGUUCACUCCGCCGAAGGUGCCACUGGACGACUCCAUCUGCAAGGACUCCAAGGUCGAUACUCUGUUCAAUUCGGCGCAAGGCGAGACCUAUGCCUUCAAGGGCGACAAGUACUACAAGCUGACCACGGACUCCGUGGAGGAGGGCUAUCCGCAGCUGAUCUCCAAGGGCUGGCCGGGAUUGCCGGGCAACAUCGAUGCGGCCUUCACGUACAAGAACGGCAAGACGUACUUCUUCAAGGGAACCCAGUACUGGCGGUACCAGGGUCGCCAGAUGGACGGCGUCUAUCCGAAGGAGAUCAGCGAGGGAUUCACGGGCAUUCCCGAUCAUGUGGAUGCGGCCAUGGUUUGGGGAGGCAAUGGCAAGAUCUACUUCUUCAAGGGCAGCAAGUUCUGGCGCUUCGAUCCGGCCAAGAGGCCGCCCGUGAAGGCCAGCUAUCCCAAGCCCAUCUCCAACUGGGAGGGAGUGCCCAAUGGUCUGGAUGCAGCACUCAAGUACACCAAUGGCUACACGUACUUCUUCAAGGGCAGCCAGUACUACCGAUUCCAUGAUGCCCGAUUUGCUGUGGACUCGGCCACGCCCCCCUUCCCCAGACCCACCGCCCACUGGUGGUUCGGCUGCAAGAACACGCCCUCGUCCACAGGUAAUAUCGUCGAGGGUUCGGACAACGAGUUCGAACAGCACUCCAUGAUCGAGCAUGCCGACGAUGGUAAUGGUGAUGACUUCGACGCAGCUGUGGGCGAUCACCAGUCCAACGACGAGCCCAUCGCACCGGAAGUGGCCGAGCGAACCGGAAGUGGAGCCAUGUCGCAAACGAAGCUGACGAGCAGCUCCGCCGUUAACACUGUGAUCACCACCAUCCUGAUGUGUCUCGUCUCCAAACUCAUCGUUAGCUAAAAGAGCCUCCGAUCCCAGCGAAAUAUAUAUAGGCAGUGCAUUUUGUGAACCACACAGGAACAAAGUUUCUACAAUUUUACUGCACGUUGGACACCGAAAGUGCUUAAAAUUCAAAUGCGUAACAUCAUAUCGAAUACGAUGAGAGGAAAUCCAAAUAACAAUAAUAAUGAAAAACAUAAGCAGAAACAGAAACAAACACAAAUUGAAAUCGGAAACGAAAUCGAAAUCGAACAGAAUAUCAAUUGUAAAUUGAGCGAUCAGCAUGUGAAACAGGUGCCUUAUCAAAUACUUUUGUUGUUGUGUAAAUAAAAUCAGCCUUAAAUAUAA